UUGAAUAAAACUCGCAAGCGUUAACAGCAACUACUAGAGGAGAGCAGUGGGAGGUGAGAGGAAAGAGAGAGAGACAAUGCUUCUACAGCAAACAAUUGCGCACAGGGACAGCUGAGCUCCAAGCGACUUGGAUAAGAGACUGAAAAGCGGCUCUCCUUCACAUUCUUUUUUUGCGCGAGUGCUGUGUCCAAGAACAAUCAGAAGAACAUCUCAUCCUGACACGCUGCAGUAGUCUUCAUGUGUGUAGCACUUCUUUCGAGAUAUUAUGUUUCGUUAGUUUGUGAACUCUUCUCUUUUUUCCCCCAUGCGACACUUGUUUUUGGUGUUUUAAGUGACUUGCAUUGACAGUCGGGAGAACCUCGAUUUGAUAAACUCUCAGCUCAAUAUGUACCAGGGGCAUCUGCAGAUACAUAACUAGACCUGGCCAUGAAGGCUGUGAUUUACAAGUGGAGAGCAAAUGUCAUUACAAAGAACAGGACAUCCCUGAGGAGAGGACAAGACAAAAACUUACCUAUGACAACAGUAAAGGAGCCACAGCAAUUUCAGGGGAAAGACUCUAGGGCUGCAGAUAAAGCCGUUGCCAUGGUCCUGAAGGAGAUUCCCAAUAAGGCGUCCCCAGAAGGCAAACCCCUCCUCACGGUGACCAACAAGCUGGUGAGCGAACAACAAGAGAGCCGUCCCUUGCUAAGCCCCUCCAUCGACGACUUCUUGUGCGAGACCAAGUGUGAUGGAGCUGCCCGCCCUGUGACCUCCAACACAGCAGUGCUGUCCUCUUCUCUGGACCUGCUGGACCUGAGUGAGCCUGGUGAGAGGAGGAACAGUAAAGGAAGAAAGAGUCCCAUGUCUAACAAGAGCACACCUUAUAGAAAGAAAACAGAUGAAACUGAGCUGAUACAGGUGGAUGUUGAACAGGGCAAACCAUGCCCUCAUACACCUGCGAAAGAUACGCUGGAUUCAGGUGCUCCUUCACCACUGGAGAAAUGGGAGGAUCUCAACCCUCAUCCAGAGAGAACCAGUAGCAGGAAAUGGAAGCUGGACAAAAGACGGUCGUCCAAAAACUCUGGAGAUUUUGCUUGGUCUACUGACAGCAAAACGCAACUUGAUACAGCCACCAAGAACUCAUUAGAAAUAAAUUACAAGACUGAGGCAGAGACGUCCCCUUCCACUCAACUCAACAAGCAGUAUAUUAGUGCAAGACAUAGCCGACUAAGCAAAGACCAGAGGUGGGGUGGAGCACUUCUAUCCAGAAACCAGUCUCUCGAAGAGGAGUUUGAGCGUGCCAAAGCAGCUGUGGAAUCAGACACUGAAUUCUGGGACAAGAUGCAGGCUGAGUGGGAAGAACUGGCUCGCCGAAACUGGCUUACAGAGAAUGAGCAGGCUCAGAUUCCCUCCACUGUAUCGCCUCAUGAAAAGGGAUAUUACUUCCACACAGACAAUCCAUAUAAAGACUGGCCAAAUGCAUUCGAGGAGGGGUUGAGAAAGGCCAGAGAGGGAGAUCUGCCAAACGCUGUUCUUCUUUUGGAGGCCGCCAUCCUUCAGGAUCCUCAAGACUCUGAGGCUUGGCAAGUCCUUGGAACCACACAAGCAGAGAAUGAGAACGAGCAGGCAGCGAUUGUCUCCCUCCAGAGGUGUCUGGAACUCCACCCCAACAACCUCCAGGCCCUCAUGGCACUGGCAGUGAGCUUGACCAACACAGGCAUGAAGCAGGAAGCGUGUGAGGCACUACUGGGCUGGAUGAGACAUAACCCAAAAUAUAAGCACCUCCUGAAAAACCGCAAUAACCAGCAGGGUUCACCAAGCUCUCGUCGCCUUUCCUACUCUACAUCCAUGACAUGCUCUCUGCUGCCUGAGGUAAAGGAGCUGUUCUUGGAUGCGGCCCAACAGAACCCAGACACGAUUGACCCGGACUUGCAGACAGGCCUGGGUGUGCUUUACAACCUUAGCUCUGAGUUCAACAAGGCUGUAGAUGCCUUCAAUGCUGCAUUGUCUGUUCGGCCAGAGGACUACUUGCUGUGGAAUCGUCUUGGGGCAACGCUAGCUAAUGGAGACCGCAGUGAGGAGGCAGUGGAAGCGUACACCCGAGCUCUGGAGCUCCAGCCUGGAUUCAUUCGCUCUCGCUACAACCUGGGCAUCAGCUGCAUCAACCUGGGUGCACACAGGGAAGCCGCAAGCAACUUCCUGACAGCGCUGAGCCUGCAGAGGAAAAGCCGGAGUCGGCAGCUCUCGCACCAGGUCAUGUCUGGGAACAUCUGGGCAGCACUGAGGAUAGCGCUUUCAAUGAUGGACCAGCCCGAGCUCUUCCAGGCGGCAAACAUCGGGGACUUGGACUUACUCAUGAGAGCCUUCAACCUGGACAUGUGAACCGGCAAUUAUUUUUGAGCCAAGAACCCAAAGUCCUUCAAAUAGAGGAAUUUUUUUUUUUGUGUGGUUUUUUUCGCAGAGCACCUUUACAUUCCUGAGAACUGCAUGGCAGUAUAUGAUUUCAGAGAAGAGCACAAUGGCUGAAAGAUUGUAGAAUUAUGCCUUAGAGAAAAUACAAGUUAGUGAUGUCUUGCCAGGUGGUGGACAGAUAUGCUGGAGGAACUAUGAAAAAAAUGUGUGCAACUCAAACCAGUUACACUCCUGUGUCUCCUGUAUGAUGAAACAGAUGCAGAUCUGGAUUGUCAGAUAGAUCAAAGCAAUAGUUUAGAAUUGUUCAGUGCUACAACCUACAGGUUCUAUUUUAGCUUUUUAUUAAAUGUAGUGCUAGAGAACAAAAACCUUUUUCUGUUGUUUGCUGUAACAUUUGCUGCAGACCCGACUGUAAAGCCUUAUUUAAAAUGCAUGAUGAACUGUUAGUAAUUUUACAGACCUAAUGGGGAACAUAGCAGAUGAGAUAAUUUGCCUAUUGAGGGCUUGUCGUUUACAAAGAAGCAUUUUUUUUUUUUAACCAGUCAAAGGUUUUUCUUUUGCAUAUUAUAUAUCUGAAUGCCAUAUAUAACUGUCUUAUGAAAGACCCACAAAAUAUGCAGGUGACUGUCCUCAGCAGUUCCAUUUGACAUGAAGUUAUCCAUUCUUGCAUUGUGACUUAAAGCUCAUUUAAAACUUUUGCUGCAUGUGAUGAGAAGUAUGAAAGUGUCAAAAAGCUUUAGGGGAAAGUAAUGAAUGAUGCAUAACCCAAGAUAAUGGUUUUAUUUAUUGUUUGUAAAGAUGGUAGCAGAUUACAAAAAAAGAAAAAGUUUGGUCAUGUUUUCUCAAAUUACUAAGGAAACACUCCAAAUAAUUAUGGAAACACAUGGUAGCUAGUUAAAUAUGUAUUUGUUUCGUCGACUGCCUAGCUAUGUCUAGCUAAAAGUAGUCCACAUAUACAGGACAACACAAAAUAGCAUGGACAACAAAAGGAAGUUUGCAUAUCCAUCUUUACAGGGCAUGGAUUCUUUGCUUGAAUACAGCAUGAAUGACCAAAUCGAUUUAUUUUGAUCAUUUUUUACAUUAAUCUCUUUAUAUCUUGCUUAUUUAAAAUGACUGUAAAACAGGCCUGUGCUUUUCUAGGUGAUUGCUUCUUACUGUAAGUGAUCUAACUGCUAUGUUGGUAGAGCUCGAGGAAUAUCUGACCCUUUUUUAGACCUCUGUACAAUCUCAGGUGAGAUGAUCUAGAUGACCUUAUACUCUAGAACUCCUUAUUUAUGAGGACUGCAUGAUGAAUGCACUUAUUUUUUCGAAUGCGGUAGCUUAAUUUAUAUGCAUGAAAUGGACAUGCCUCUUUUAUUCUAUCCCUAAUUUCUAUGACAUACACGUAAUCCUGAUUUUGCAUUUCAGUACAUAUCGAUCUUUAUGUACAUUUAACUUAAAGCAGAUUAUAUGAUAGUUACCGGUUUUGCAAUGCAAAUAGAAACUAGAUGAAUUAUACUUUAUUGCAUACCUGUUCAUACUGUUCUCACAAGAGACUAGAUUUACUGAAGCUUGCAGCGCCUGCAAAACAUGGCAUACAAAACAUAGCUCGAACAAACCACUGAUUUGACACGAAUCUGCCUCUACUACCACGUUACCGAUACUAUACAUACUACUGAAACUGUACAUGCUGCACCUCCCAAUACACAGGCUUCAUUAAGUCUGCUGCAACAUAUUUAAAACAACAGAAUAUAUCAAAUAUUGAGCAAACAUAUGAACUUUUAAAAUAAAAAUAAAAUUUAAUUUACACUG